AUGGUUACUUACAACGAAGUUAUGCUAAACAGAUCGAAUUUGCGUGCGCUUCAUGGCGCUCGCCUAUCUCUGUCCUCAUGGGCGCAACCAUCAUUCCUGCGACUCCGCGGUUCUCACUUUCUAGAACCCCAGCUGUCGCGUACAGCUCAAACAGCCUCUCCCCGAAUAUACUCACCAUGGGUCCCCAGUGUAUUACCCAGAAAGCCUCUCCAAACCCUUCAAUCACUACCUAGAUACCGAUACCCCUUAAACUCCCGCAGAGCAUUUUCCUCGGGCCCGCAAUCCAGCUACCAACGAAACACCUAUAACCGCUUUGGAACAGCAGGACGACGCCAACCACUACUCUUCGCCUUGGUUCAAUAUUUGAAACCACAUCAUUAUGUCAUGAUUGGAUUGGGAUUAUCAGGCGUGUACCUAUACAACACCGAUGUAGUAGAGGUGACUGGCCGCCGCCGCUUUAACAUAGUAUCUGCCAAAACAGAACUCCAAAUGGGUAGAGAAACCUACCAACAGGUUCUCAAUGAAGAGCGCGGCAAGAUCCUUCCCGAUCAUCAUCCUUUGGCACAGCAGGUGGAUCGGGUCCUGCAGCGUCUAAUUCCCCUGGCGCCCAUUGAAGGUGCUGAUUGGAAGGUUCAUGUUAUUGCAGAUCCUGAUAUGAAGAACGCUUUUGUGCUUCCGGGGGGGAAGGUAUUCGUCGCUACUGGAAUUUUGCCCAUUUGCCAAGAUGACGACGGACUUGCAGCUGUUCUGGGACACGAGAUUGCGCAUGUUGUGGCACAUCAUCCCGCGGAACGUGUAAGCAAUAGCUUCAUGACUAUGGGUGUUGCUCUAUUAGUUGCGCUUUUACUCGAUUUCUCCGGACAGACGAGCUCGCUUGUCAUGGAAUACAUGUAUAGUCUGCCAAAUUCACGGACACAGGAGGCUGAAGCAGAUCACAUCGGGUUGUUGAUGAUGUCCAAGGCUUGCUUUAACCCGGAAGCUGCUGUCAGGCUAUGGCAACGGAUGCAGAAAAUGGAGAAGGGGUCACCGCCACAAUUUUUGUCUACUCAUCCUUCGAGCUAUAAUCGCGAAGAAGCCAUUCGUGGAUGGCUCGAGAAAGCUGAGCACAUAUAUGCCGAGAAUGGCUGCAGCUCUCUUGGAAGUUAUAUGCCCCAGUUUCAAAAUGCGCUGCGUUCGCAGGGUAGUUCAUAUGGUUGGUGA